AUGGGAACCGAAAACAACCUUACUGAUCUUCGUGUCGCUUCGUUUUCGUGUUACCUUAAACCCAUCGAAGGUGUCGCUAACAUGUUUGAUCAUCAUCCUAGUCAUGAGAACUUCAAAGACAUGUCGGUCAUGGAUCUACACAGGGUAAAACCAAGCAUUUUCACAGCAAGAACUCCAAGUAUCGCUUCGGAGGCAAGCAGUUGGAAUAACAGCCAGGGGGCGUUGCUACAAAGAAAGCCGCCAUCAUCUGGCGGUAAGCGGUGGUUCUACGGGUGUACAGGGCCUUGUUACACUAGAAAAUCAGUUUAUGUCCAACAAAGCAUCAAAAAAGGUGACCAGUUUGCAUUCCCGGUUAUAAACCCUACCAUGGACAUCUUGUCAAAUAAAAAAGAAAACGUCGAAGAGCUUCCGAGGAUGUCCAUUGAGGUUUUCGGGUCUGGAACAAUAAACAAUGGCGAUAUAGCGAAAAACCUAGUGCGAAAAAUGUCGAUUUUGACGUGGGACGCCAUUCCAAAGAGCAAAGAGAGUGUGAUAUGUGAUGAUAUGGCGAGUGAGGCGAGUUCUGAUUUGUUUGAGAUAGAGAACAUAUCGAGGUCCGGGUGGCAACCGUCUGAGUCGAGUUGUAUGAGUCCCUCGACUCAGUAUGCUCCGAGUGAAGCUAGCAUCGAAUGGAGUGUUGUCACAGCAAGUGCAGCGGAUUAUUCGUCUGUUUAUUCCGGUUAUGAUGAAAAAAACUCGGUUUAUAACACUAGUGGAAAGAAUAAGAUCGAGAGACCCAAAAAAACACAGAGAAAACUGGAUAAUGGUUUGUUGGGAUGCAAGAAUUUCAAAUCUGUCAAAGUAGUUGAGUCAGUUAAAUCGAAAUAUUAG